GUCUCCUUGUGGCCAUAUCUGACACUUUGCAGGAUGGCACUGGUGGGGGAGAGGGCACUGUCACCUUGGAUUAAAGCAUCCUUUUAAAAUAAUGCCUCUUUGCAUGCCAUUCUGUUUGAGGAGAGAUUAAACACACGCAUUAGGCCUUUUGUGCACCAAGAGCCUCAGUGCAGUGAACAGUUGCAACCAUGUCUUCUCUUCUCUUUCAUGUAAGCGUUGCAUCUCAUUUAAUAAUAAAAAUUCAAAAGAAGAAUUGGGAUCAAAGAGAGUGUCUUUUGUGCUAACUCGUAUGCAUUCAGCUUGUAAUGCACAGCGUCAUACUGUCGGCGUGUGAGGAUGGAAAUGGAGCUUUGUGAAUAAGCAUGAGGGCGAGCAGUUCAACCAAAGAGUGCUGAGUUCUUUCCAUCUGAACAGAUUGUGAGCAUCAGGCGCUGGGGUUAAUACACCGUGUAUUGUUGUUUCCCAGUCAGCAUGUCCAUAUGUACAGUAUUUACACACUCUUUUCCCCCUUUGAUUAUUUAAAUAUCUAAAUAUCUUAUUUAAAGACUUAUCCACGUUGGUAAAGCUCUGACUUUGGCCUCCUCCUGAUUGAAGCAGGUUCUUCUUCCUACAGCCAACUUCUGCAACUUCGUCCUUAUUAAUAAUAAUUCAUCAAAGUCGCAGAAAAGAGAGACUACCUAACCACUCACACCUGUGGUCAGUUCAGUCUUACCCAUUAACUUUGUACUGCAUGUUUCCCUCCCCCUCCGCCCCCCCCCUCACCCCAUACACAGACAGCCACACAGGAAGAGCCUGGGUUUAAGAGUAGGAAGCAGAGCAGUGAUCUUCUUGCUGUAGGGCAUGUGAACAGACCACUCUUGCACCGCGUGAGCCUUUUCUUGCUUCUAUUCUUUAGACUUGAUUCGAUUGUUGUCCAUGUUGAUAAUUGAAAGGAGUGAUUGAACACGUUUUUUCUAAUGAUUGAUUCAAAUCCGUGCUAAUUGUUACCAAUCAGAGGCUUGAGUGAAACAUAUAUCGGUUGUCUUCUAGAGUUGGACUUGUGUAAACAUCUUCCUCCCCCUGGAGGAUGCCUGACUUCACACUGGGACCAUCUGUUCCUCCUAGCCCGCAGCCAAACGUGUUCACUCUGGGCUCUCGGAUGAAAUGGAAGCAAAACUGUUGACAGCCUCAUCCUCAUCCUCCUCAUCCUCAUCGCCCUUCUUCCUUUUCUUUAAUGAGCUGGUCUCUUCGUGCCAGUGACGCGCACGGAUCCAGGGAUCUCUACCUCUCCAAGCCCGGACUCGUCCUUUAACUUUCUCGCCGCAGUGUGGCACGAUGCUGAAUAACAGAGCAGUAAAACGCUGUGCUGUUGGAGGCUGUUGCAUAAUUAAAUGCAUCGAACGACAGACUAAGCGACCGACUGACUGACUGACUGACUGACUGAGCCACUGAGUGACUUCGUUUUCAGUCGCGUCGCAUUUAAGUAGCACAACCGUGGGCGGCGCGUCGAGGAGACGGUCCAUGUACUGCACCGUCACGCACGCAGCUCCACGCCACACACUAGUGGGAGGGGGGUCAGCAGAAGCCUGGUGUGAGGCAGUAGGGGUAGGAAGCAUAGCUGUGGGUGUCCUGUGACAGAAACCACGCGUGUAAGUAAGUGUUUUGGUGCGGUGCCAGACUGCUUCAAGGCGGCGGCAGAGGGAGCGCGUCUCCCCAAGGUGGAAUCUGAGGGAGCACGACGGACGACAGGGAGAGUUUAUCAAUCCAGGAGGAAACUACAGGAAUGUGUUUUUACCACAUAGCAGUGAAGGAACAUCUGAUCUGAGGUCGCCUGGACACCUCGUAUGGAGACUUUGAUUGACCGCUUUACGCGCAUUCCCGCCUGAAAUUUCCACGCUCAUCCCCGGCACCGGCAACAGUUCAGCUCCUGUCAUAACUCACACAGGAUACAGUCUCUCUCUGAAGACUCCGCCAGCGCAGAAAAUUAUUUUAAGAAGUCAUAAAAAUCCACUCCCAUUAGUUUAAAUGGAUCACGUGGAUCACAAGAUGUGAAAAAGAAGAAAGGCUGGAAAUGCAUCGCAACUGCUUGUUUCUGCUGGAGGUGUGUGCCGUCGUCACUCUCCUUCCGUCGGUCUCUUUGGGAGAACUGACAUGUGAAGCUCUGCUCACACUGACGGGGAAUUUCUCAUUACAGUCCCUGGCUGCCACUUGGAACCAGACCCUUAAUAAUGCCACAGGUCAGUGGAGCGGUUCGGGACCCUACUGUGACAUUUCGAUCGAUGGCAUCGGCACCUGCUGGCCGAGGAGCGGUGCCGGCCAGAUGGUGUCAAGACCCUGUCCGGAAAUCCUGAACGGUGUCAAAUACAACACUACAAAUAAUGUUUACAGGAAGUGUCUUGAAAACGGGACUUGGGCGUUGAAGGGCAACUAUUCCAUGUGUACAGCCAUUCUUGAUACGAAUAAAUACAAGAUGCACUACCAGAUCGCUGUGAUCAUAAACUUCCUGGGACACUGCAUCUCCAUGGUAGCUCUGCUCAUCGCCUUCUUCCUCUUCCUGUGUUUGAGGAGCAUCCGUUGCCUGAGGAACAUUAUACACUGGAACCUCAUCACUGCCUUCAUCCUACGCAAUGCCACUUGGUUCAUCGUCCAAAUGACCAUGAAUGUUGAUGUGCAGGAAAGUAACGUGAUCUGGUGUCGCCUCGUCACCGCCUCCUUCAACUAUUUCCACUCCACCAACUUCUUUUGGAUGUUCGGCGAGGGCUGUUACCUUCACACCGCCAUCGUCCUCACCUACUCCACAGACAAGCUGCGCAAAUGGAUGUUCAUCUGCAUCGGCUGGUGUAUACCGUUCCCUAUCAUCGUAGCUUGGGCCAUUGGAAAGUUGUACUACGACAAUGAGAAAUGCUGGUUUGGGAAGCGAGCCGGUGUGUACACAGACUACAUCUACCAAGGUCCCAUGAUCCUUGUGUUGGUGAUAAAUUUCAUUUUCCUCUUUAACAUCGUGAGAAUCCUGAUGACCAAGCUGCGGGCCUCCACCACAUCAGAGACGAUCCAGUACAGGAAAGCUGUCAAGGCCACACUGGUCCUCCUGCCUCUCUUGGGAAUCACCUACAUGCUGUUUUUUGUCAACCCCGGAGAGGACAAGGUCUCUCAGAUCGUCUUCAUAUACUUCAACUCCUUUCUGGAAUCCUUUCAGGGCUUCUUCGUGUCGGUAUUUUACUGCUUCCUGAACAGUGAGGUGCGUUCAGCUGUGAGGAAGCGCUUCCACAGAUGGCAGGAGCAGCACUCCAUCCGAGCCAGGAUGACCCAGGCUAUGUCCAUCCCUACAUCACCGUCGCGGGUCAGCUUCCACAGCAUCAAGCAGUCCACGUCCCUAUGAGAGGGGACGCCAGCGUUUGUCCUUCAUCCAUACUUCGGGAUAAAACCUCUCUCUGUGGUUGUCAUCGUUUCCUGCCAAAUCACUGGAUUACACUGAAACACUUUACGAGAUGGAGAGAACUGGAGAGCCAGGGAGGAAGAAAGGAAGGAAAGAAAGUGGUUCAUUAUGUUAAAAUCUCAGGAGAGACAUUACACAUGAGGACGCUGCAGGUUGUAUUAGAGGAGAGGUCAGUGGUUCAGAAGGUGCAUGUGACCAAGCCGCCACUGGAGUUUGGAUUUGAAUGUACAGCACCCCAUAACUACAUGUUCUUUCACUUCUGCUUGCUACAGCCAUCCUGUGUGGUUUUCCUGCUUGCACCUGCUUUUUUAUUUGUGCUUAUGCCACUGGACUGCACUGAACUUGACUGGACUGGACUCUGGACUCCAGCAGGUACUGGACUCUGAAACUGCAAAGGGCAGGGAAUUAUUUAAAGAAAAAAAAAAUGAUGGUUUUGUUUUAAUGAUAUUGUUCGAGUGUUUUGUGUUAAGUUUUGGUGAUGUUCUUUCUUCUACUUUUCUCAAGGUUAAUUUUGAACACAUUCCACACAUUCAACCUGAAGAGAUUUUGUUCCAAAUUAUUAUGUGCUCUGUGGAUAUAUCCAGGGACCUCAUUAAAAGUCAAGCACAUAAAGGGUUGGUGGUUUUUUGUUUUUUUUUA